ACUCGUGCUCCAAAUGCUGUGGACCGUGCGCCACGGCAGACCAAGAGCAGUGCAGACAGAUGUACAGGAACGGCAGCGUUUAUCCUGCUACCGGUGGAGCAUUCUUAUCAGCGCUGACCAUCUAACAUUGCUUUCUUUUAUUUCCCAGAGUUUCUCUAACUGAGCGCACUCAUCAGCAGUGCAUCCAAGAGAAAAAUCUACAUUGCUCCUUUUUCUUUUCUUUAAGAGGAGCGAACAUUUAUUGCACAAACAAAACAGUCUAGGGAUUGUUGACUGGGCUGCAUUAACCCCUUUUCCCGGUGGAAGAAAAAAAAAAAAAAAACACGCUCCAGCAGGUCCACCUGGAUAAGCUGAGGAAGUCGUCCUGUCCCGGUUAGAGGUCCAGGAAGGAGACGGGAGUGGAAAAAACUCGAGUGGAAGACAGGAGCAACAAAGAAGCAGGCAGGAUGAACCUCAAGAGUCAUUUGAUUUUCACUCUCUACACUAUUUAUGGGAUUGUGCUGAAAGUGAUGGCUUCAAAAGGCAAAGUUCGAGGUAUCAGUGGGCAGUAUCCCUUGGUUCAAAAUGUCACGGUGACAGAGGGUGGAACAGCAAACCUUACCUGCCGUGUGGAGUAUAAUGACAACACCUCCCUCCAGUGGUCGAACCCAGCACAGCAGACCCUUUUUUUUGGGGACAAGAAAGCUUUAAGGGACAACCGGAUUGAACUUGUGCGCGCCACAUCAUCCGAGUUAACCAUCAGCAUCAGCGACGUCACACUGUCUGACGAAGGCCUGUACACCUGCUCUCUGUUCACCAUGCCGGUCAGAACUGCUAAAGCUUACCUCACUGUCCUAGGCGUGCCAGAAAAGCCGGAGAUCAACGGCCUGACAAAGCCAGCCAUGGAGGGGGACCACAUCACCCUGACCUGCAUCACUCAGGGCAGCAAGCCCGCCGCUGACCUUCGCUGGUUCAGAAACGAGAAGGAAGUCAAAGGCGCCAAGGAGGUGAAUGCAAGCGGAAAGACGUUUACAGUUCAGAGUUCUCUGCAACUACAUGUGGACAGAAAUGAUGAUGGUGUUGCCUACACGUGCAGAGUGGACCAUGUUGCUCUCGCACAGGCACCUCAGCAGGCCACCGAAGUGCUGGAGGUCCAUUAUGCUCCCCGUGUGGAGAUCAUCAGAUCUCCUGCUGUCCCACAGGAAGGCCAGAAAUUAAAGCUGGAAUGUGUCUCCAGAGGAAACCCAUCACCUGAUCCUGUGAUGUGGACGAAGGACGGUGGUGAGCUUCCUGACCUUGAUAGAGUAACUGUUGAGGGGAGGGAGCUCACCUUUACUUCACUCAACAAGACAGACAAUGGCACCUACCGCUGUGAAGCCACCAACCACCUGGGGACCAGCAGCGCCGAAUAUGUACUCUAUGUUUACGACGCCCCCACCACCCCGCCUCCAUCCACCACACCCCCCCUACAUCCCAUCCCUCCAGAUCCUACUGCUAAGUUAAGCACCCAUGCCUCAGACCCCACAGUCACUGGCAGCAGAGAUCCCAAUGCACUGGGGCAGCAAGGCACCGACCAUGCCUUGAUUGGAGGAGUGGUGGCUGUAGUGGUCUUUGUCACCUUGUGUUUAAUCAUUGUUCUGGGAAGAUACCUGGCCAGGCAUAAAGGAACAUACUUGACGAACGAAGCCAAAGGGGCGGACGACGCACCCGAUGCUGACACAGCCAUCAUCAACGCUGAAGGGCACCAUGCACAUGCUGAAGAAAAGAAGGAAUACUUCAUUUAGACUGCAUAGGGAGCUGUGCAGCUCUCUCCAUUUUCUCUCAGUCCCUCUUUUUCUAAUAGUCCAUCCCUCUCUGUUCUCCUCUUCAGUCUUCACCUGUGACCACUGCUCCCUUUGAGUCGACACAGAGUGCGCAGGCAGAGAUGUUCCUUAAAGCUUUUUUUUUUAAUUUCCUGUUGUUCAGCAUUUCUCUGUGUUACAUUUUUUAUUUUUUAUUUCCUUUUCGGCAGUUUUAAAAUUUUGUUCACUCGCAGCAUGAUGCUGCUACUGACGCUCUACCCCUUCUCUCGUUAUUGCUGGUCUAGUGACACAAACACCAGGAAAUCUGUAUAUCUGCCAUGGCUGCUUCUUACAUGACCUCUUUUUCACCCUUUCUCUUGUUUCCCACGAAGCAGACACACUGCUGCACAUUGUAUCCCCCCUCACACACACACACACAAACACACACACUUAUCUCAUGUCAACACAGUGCCUAAAAAUACAGACGCCAUCGAACUUCUUUUAAUGCCUUCAUGUGUCGCCUGUCAGUAGCAAUGUAAAUGCUCUGUAGCUCAUCUCAUUGCUUUGCUCACAGCUUUUUCUUACACAUAACAUCCUUUUUUAUUUGAAUGAAUCUGUGCUGUUUACGCCUUAUAUGUGUCUGUCACACUGAAUAUGGUACUUUUAGAUGAUCCACUGCUCCCGAACCUCCCCAUCCACACUAAAUAAACUUGUAAUUAAGCAGUGGACGGUUUGUAAGAUAAGACGAAGGUUUUGUGUAACACUGUAGCAAAGUUUGUUUGGAUAAGUGUAUAAUAUGAUUUUCACUAUUAGGCUAGAAGUGAUAAGGGGUAGUGCAGGUAGUGUUUUUUUUUUUUUAGAGCAAAGAACCCACCAAAAAUCUAGGAAGGAGUCCGUAGAUGAAGCUAUUUGCUAAAUCUGCUGUCCCUCUGUACUUUACUCUCCACAUCCCUGCGCUAUGCAGGCAGCAGUUUAGUGAAACAUUUUAAACGCUAUCUGGACAGCUGACAGUAGUCUGUGUUUUACAUGAAUGAUUUAGAUGUACAGAAAAAAAAAAAAAACAAUCCACGUCUUAAAAUCUGUAAAAAAUGUAUUUAAAUUCUGUUAACAAUUCACAUUUUGAUCAUUUCCGUUCAGUAGAGUCAUGUUGAAGCCUAAGGACCUCAUGAAAUGUAAAGUGAACAAUUAAAGGUUCUGUAACAACAAAGUGAGAACAGUAAUGGGAUGUUCAGGCAGUCCAGUGUUUUCAAACAUAUUUUAGUACCUUAGAUUGAUGCCUUAUAACUUUAAGCUGUAGGCAGCUUUAAAUUACAGGUUUACAGGUAACAUUGACUUGGAAUAAGUAAUUUAUUGCCUCUUUAUAUAUAUUAGAAUUUAAUAAAAAUAAGCAGCCACAAUUUCCCUUGACAUGACAGUGAAGGCUGUCCUUUAGCCUGUAUUCAGUUUUCCUGGCUGUCAGUCAGUAUUAGUCGCAACCAUUUCCAUUACUGGAUUGGGUUUUCUCUGAAAUAUUCCCAAUAGAUAUUUUCCUCUAGAUCUAAUGCCUUGUCUUUUGGACAGAGAGAUUAAUAUGCCUGGAUUAAAACAUUUUACCAAAAAAAAAACAGCAGUCUUUCACGUGACUGUAAAUACUGUACUCCAUCUUGUAAUCCAAGAAAAAAAGAUGCAGGGAAAAGCAGUAAUGUCUCCAUUUUUUUUUUAAAACAGACAUUUCUUUCAUCCUCAUUUUGUCAGUGAGGUCAACAGGCCGUCUUCUCAGCAGUUAGCCUCGCAGGCUCUCCUCUUCUUAGAGCUUUCUUAUAUCACGCACAUAUCCUUCAAGGUUAUUCUUGUCAAAAACAGAAAACAAAUACAAAAGAAAUAAGUGCUGAAUCAAAGACUUUAGAGCCUAAAAUAAAACUCUUUGGCCUGGAACAAAAGAGACUGGUGCAGAACUGAGCACAGUCAAUGUUGUCAAGUAAAAAUCAGUCAUCACUUUAAACUGAAGAUAAGUGGUUAUAAUAUGUUACAACAUUUUCUUAAGAAAAAAUAUUAAUUGAUGUUUUUAACUAGUCCUUUUUAUCAUGUAGUGUGUCGCUGUUUAAUUUCAUGAGGUCUUCAAAUAAAAUAAAUAAAUCAGAAAUGCUGAGGGAGAAAUGCUGAGAGUCUUGGGUCAUGGAUCUGCAUGGGCCCCAUUUCCAAAAACCAAAAACUGGAAACAAACAGAGAAGCACAAAAUUUGACAGAAUGAGUUACUGUGUUUCAUUGCCAACAUCUAAAUUGCCUUGGGAAAUGGUUCUUCUAAUGCAAGAGGUGGUGGAAAGAUGAAACAGCUGCAAAGCGUCUUUUUUGUAAAUGUACGCUAAGUAUUUUUUUUUAUAUUAAAAAAGUCUUAUAUUGUUGGUUUAAAUUGUAUCCCACUCCAUGUUAGAUAUACUGUGUCUUCUAAAAUGUGGUUGACUGUAAAAAAAAAAAAAAGAAAAAAGAUAGCUGUUAAAUUUUGGACUCCUGUAUUCUUUCAAAUUUGUAUAUCUGCCACCUUACCUAUUUACUUACAUUUAAAAGAGGCGUUCAAAAUUUUGUUUUGUUUCUGUGCAUGUACAUAAUGUGUAAACAUAACACGUUGGUACUUCACAUAAGCAUGAUUUCUGGUUCUUAAUUUACAUUUUGAUUAUUUCAACUAAGUUUACUGAACAAAGAAACACAGCACAAGUAAAUUAAACUCUAACUUUAUCUUGUUUUUGUGCUGCUGGUCUGAUCCGGACAAAAAUAUGACAAAAAGGAAAAUUUAAUGUAAAGUCAGAUCAGUUUGGACACAAAUUGAUUGAAAAUAGAUUAUUUAUCCUUAGAAAUAAAAUAAAAUGCAAGGUAUCUUUUGUAUCCAAUGCCCAAAAUGGAAAACAUAACUCAAUUUAAAAAGAGUCAUGAACAUGGAAAAAACGUACACAAAUACAGCAAAAACAAUACCUUCAUGUUCAUGACAAGUAAAUAAAACUCUCUGGCCACUUUAUUACGUACUCAUACUUACUUGAAUGUUAAACAAGGGAUGUCAAUCACAUACCAGAACUUUAAAGCAUUUAUGCAUCUUGUCAUUGUAAAGGUGUUUUCUGAAGUUAAAGCCCAGCAUGAGAGAGAAAUUAAAAGAGGUGAUUAAACAUGGGAUAGUUGAUGGUGCAAGAUUGUCUGGUCUAGGAUUUUCUGAAACUGUUAAUCUAUGGGAAAUUUUAUUCUCAUGUUGGAGUCUUGUUCAGAAAAGAUGUCGUUUUUAUGGUAUGAAAAUAUCUUAUACGUUUCAGAGCUUAAAGACGAAUGAACAGACUAGCUUGAGAUAAUAGAGGUAACAGUAAUCCAAGAAACACCUACUCCUAAAAAAAGUAUGCAGAAAUCUUUAUCAGAAGCAAAACUGUGGACUGAGCAGUGUAGAGAUGAUGCUGGUUGGACUUGUCUAUCCAGAAGUAAAGCAGAGAAAAAAAAAAUAUUUCCCUUGUUUGUACGUGCAUAAUGCAAGAGGUUGAGGGAAAGGGGCUCAUAGACUCCUGUAGCUCUGCUUCAAUAUCAGGCUAAUUCCCAACAGGCUGAAGUUCAACUCAAUCCAAAAGGUUCCUGCGUGACAAAAAAAAAAAUAAGCCCAAGAUAUCAGACAGUAAACCCACUCUAUACCAUAGAAAAGCAUACAUCUAUCCUGGAUUCUUUGAUCAAAAGCUCAGGGUGGUGGUGUGAUGGAAUGGGGUCACUCUCCCCCCCCUAAACUCUGAUCAUUAUCUAAAAGCCAAAGCAUACCUGUAUAUUGUUGCUUACAUCCUCUCUUUAUGAUACAGCUUAGCCAUCCUUUUAUGUCCACUCCCAGCAUGAUAAUGCAGCACACCACAAAUAUUUGCUCAUCUUCAAGAACUUUCUUUAAUACUACAUGAGUUCACUGUACUCCAAUGACCACCACAUUAACCUAAUAUCAAUCCAACACAGCAUUUUUGGAAUGAGGCGGAAAAGAGGAUUUUCUUUAUAGAUGCAGAUUAUACCCUGCAUUGGCAACGUUUGCCUAAUAAAGUGGUUGGAGAAUGUAUUUAUCAAAGGUGAAAAACAUUUCUUUAUCUUUUAUUUCAUCAUUUCCAUUUUUUGUAGAAGCUUAAAUUAGUUUGGCUGAAGUAGGCUCCUUUAAAAGUCUGAUAAACCCCAACAGCAUUAAUCUCCUUGGGCAAAACAAAUUAUCACAGAGGGCAAUGAAAAAGUGGACCCAGCUGUCUCUAGUUAGGUGGCCAGUUUACAAUAUUAUGCAAAUAAAGAAGGCAAAGGUCUUGUUUGAGCAGCAAAACUGAACAUCCAUACUGGAGGGAAUUACAUGUGGGAAUCCUUAAGUCAAUAUCAGUUUAUUUUUUGAUAUCACGGUGUGUGUAGGAUUACAUAUUUUUUAUUGUUAUUUAUCACAAUUUUCAUACUAUACACUUUUGUGCACUUAAACUUUUACCACAACUUUAACAGAAUUAGAUUUGUUGUUAAAAGGUUUUGCCUGUAUCUAUCACUUGUUUUCAGAAGCAAUUGUCACAAAAUAAUAUAAAAUUUUUUUUCUAAAUGAGAGAUGGUACCGCACACUUUUUUUCAUGCAUUUCAUCUGUGUAUCGAUUUUAGAAAUGAGAAAAGUGAGGAUAUGGUAUUUAGUAAAAGGUCUACAGUGAUGAGUUGGUGUUGGCGUUUCAAAUGAAAAGGUGCCAUUUACUGAAUUAUGCACUCAGACCAUUACAACUUGAUGGAUAUUUCUUAGUAAUUGUUCAAAUGUGUUUGCUUUUCCUCUUUUCAAGACAACUGUAAAUAUUUAGUCUUACAUGAGAGUACUGAGUUGAUUUAUUGCAAUGGCUUUUUAUCAUUUUUAGACCAAACUUAAAUCUUAAGUUACAUUUUUUUUAACAGUUUAUCCGAUGCCACAAUGUGCUACUUUUAAUAUCUAUAUGUUGAUAUACAGAUUCAAUUGUAGCUGUUCCUUUUCUUAUUUCUUUUUCUUAAUUUUCUUUGUUGUGAAAAAACUAAGCUUUAAAAAAAUCCUAAUUUCUCAUUGGUGUCGGUUCGGUUAGCAGGAUUAUGAGCUUAAAACCUAAUUAUUAAAAGCACUAGCAUAGUGACAUUGCAAUGCCAUUUUCAUUAAGCAUCAGGCUAUUUUUCCUUUUUCUAUAUAAAUAAUUUCCUGGCUCAUGACAACCCCUUUUCCUUCUGCUGAAGCUGUGUUUGCUGUGAGUCGAGUUGUGCAUUUAUGCAGAUUAAGCAGAACAAUGCUGGCUGCAAUUUUGCCAGAAAAUGGCUUGCAAUUUUAGGACCAAUUUUCAUGUUGGCUACACACCAGUGCAAAUUUGCAAAACACACCUUUUUUCCCUCUUUUGCUACAGGUCAGCUUGUGUAUAGCUGACACCGAUUUACAAGGAGGUUCAAAUAAAGCUGUUUGCCUGAAGUUAAAUAACAAGACGAGUUAUCCAAGCAUUAUGUUAUCUAUUUUAUAUAAACCAGGAUUAAAACAAUAUGUUUAUGUGGGAAAUGCACCAGAAAAGAACAGGUUUCUCUCAAUUGAUAAGCUUUGGUGCUGUAGAUGGUACAAAUGUAUAUUAUUAUGGCAUCAUGUAAAAUUAAGAAUUUAGGCCAAAUUGUGUAUUGUAAAGAAAGUACAGUAAAAAAAAAAAAAAAGGGACAAUGAUCAAAUGAGUUUUUAUUGUUUGUACCCUCCUCCUGCCUACCUGCUUCUUUUAUCAUAAAAGAAAAUGUAUGUUUUUAAGUAUGCUCAUUGCUGUUUUCUAUCUUAUUAGUUUGUUUGUUUUUUCUUCCUUAAGAGAUUGUUCAGACUUUUUGAAGUGAUUUUCAUUAUUGUUACUCCUAUUACACUACCUAUAACAGAUAAAUGCCAUUUUUCUGGGAACUUGUAUGGAAGUAACUAAGUGUUCAGGGAAAAGGAAGGAACACAGCUAGUUAGAUGGUACAUUUUAGUUGUGCAAAAAAUGUAAAGCUUUAUUUUUUUAUCUGUGAUCUAUAAUUCUGAAUUGGAUGAAAAAAUUUUAUGAUUUAACAUUAUUCUGUUGGGAGUUUGUCUCUGUUUAAUCAGUCAUGCAGCUUUCCCACUGAGACUUCAAGUUACAUUGGUUGACGCUACCAUCUGCGUCAAUCUGCCAAGGGUGGGGUUAACUUUCUGAUUGUAGGACUGGCUUCAAAUUGUAUGUUUUACAUUUUUUGAGAUCUUGAGGCUAUUUGGAAACGAUCCCUGCAAGCUCCAUCCAUCUAUCUUCUGCAGAAUCUGUCAGGGUCAGGGGUGCUUACUUCCAGUGAUCCAUAGGUGAAAGGCAGGGUACACCCUGGACAUGUCGCCAGUCCACAGUAGCCCUGCAAACUCGAGAUUGGUUAUUUUAACGCCGUAGUAUAACCUGUUUGUUGAGAAAAGAGCAGGCAAGUAAACAUCCAAGUUAUGUUCUAAAUAGCUGCUACUAUAGAAAUGUGCUCAUAAAGGCAUCGGCAUACCCAGCUUCAGUUUACCUGAAUUCGUCAGUAAAAAUUGAAAUGUUCUGCAUGCAAAGGCAAGCAUUUGUCUUAUAUAGGGAGUGAUAUGGGAAGAGAUCAUUUCACAGAACUCACUUCAGAAAAUCUGAACUGGUGAUGGGCAAACCUGAUCGCAUUUCUUUCUCAAAGUGCUGCUUCCCCCAUUUAUGCAUUUGACUUUUAAGCAACACUGCAUAAUGAAUUUGCAAAUUACUAAAACAAAUUUCAACAAGUUACUGAAGGUUGAUAUGAAAAUGAAAUUAGUUCUAGCUUCAAACAUGAAAUUCUCUAUUAUAAUUUAGGAGUUCAGUUUGACACUAUUCCUGUGCCGUCUAUCUUCUCCUGGCUCUCCACAUUCCUUUGCUGUACAGUUUAGCUUCAGCAUAACUCUUAGUUCCUCCUGAAAAAUCGACACUGACGUCAAUCAGCCCAGUGUCUAUAACGUCACAUUGAUGAUAACAUGUGACACAAUCGCAUGUAAUGUUGUACUGUUCUUAUGAUUUGUACCUGUUGCUUUUCUUUUGCAUCUCAGGAAAAUAUUUCUUUUGGGAUUUCUUUUUGUUUCAUUUUUUUCUUUUAGAUGGUUUUCUGUUUUAACAUGGGGACUUGUGAGCACCUAUCACUCUACUGGUCCCUAUAUGCUGACACCAUGUACUUGUUCAGUUUAAGAUUACCACAAUGUUAAUAAAAUUAUUCAGUGAUUCUUCA